CUGAAAACAAAGACUGCGCACGCGUGGCGGCUCGGCCCGGGCAUUUUGCUGCGUCACCAGCCGCCGCCCGGCCUCACCACCCCUCGCUCGCACGCACGCACGUUCAUUCUCCGUCCUCGCGCCCCUUUUCCUACACUUUCCUCUUCUCCCGGACCAAGGAGCCGCUCGCUCCGCGCGGUGCAUUGUGGGAACUCAGGUCGAGCCCGCCGUCGCCGUCGCUUGAGGGCAGCGAGAAGAGGCCGCGACCGGGGAGACAACGCCGGAGUCGCCACCGGAGAGGAUCCGACUCCUAGGAGCCGCCGCAAGAGGCCCGCCCACCCACUUGCCCGUCCCCCUGCCCUGUUCACAAUGCAGCCUGCUUCUGCAAAGUGGUAUGAUCGAAGGGACUAUGUCUUCAUUGAAUUUUGUGUUGAAGACAGUAAAGAUGUUAAUGUAAAUUUUGAAAAAUCCAAACUCACUUUCAGUUGUCUUGGAGGAAGUGAUAAUUUUAAACAUUUAAACGAAAUUGAUCUUUUUCAUUGUAUUGAUCCAAGUGAUUCCAAACAUAAAAGAACAGACAGAUCAAUUUUAUGUUGUUUACGAAAAGGAGAAUCUGGCCAGUCAUGGCCUAGGUUAACAAAAGAACGGGCAAAGCUUAAUUGGCUUAGUGUGGACUUCAAUAAUUGGAAAGACUGGGAGGAUGAUUCUGAUGAAGACAUGUCUAAUUUUGAUCGUUUCUCUGAGAUGAUGAACAACAUGGGUGGUGAUGAGGAUGUAGAUUUACCAGAAGUAGAUGGAGCAGAUGAUGAUUCACAAGACAGUGAUGAUGAAAAAAUGCCAGAUCUGGAAUAAACAAAUGUCAUCACCUGAAUUUUG